GGUACAUUUUCGCGUGUUGGCUUCAAUUGAAGAUGAGGACGAGAAGACAGGUGGAUUAUAAUAGAUACAGAGAGAGAAAUGAAAUUCAACACUUGUUUCAUGAUUAAAGGAGAGAAAAGCUUAGAGCUUCUCAGAGUUCUAUCUUUUUUGACCAAAUAGGAACCCUACUUUUUAAGGAUACGGGACGUCGAAUACGCAUCUUGCCCUUCCAUCUAUCACGACCAGACACGUCUCGCAAAGGCGUAGUUUAGGAGCUACUUUCUAUGUAAGUAAUAUAUACGUAGAGUAGUUUAUAGACGCUGGGUGGCUGGGCGGCCUCGCUGGGCACGCUGGGCGGCAACGCGGGGCACGCUGGGCGGCAACGCUGGGCACGCUGGGCGGGCGCUUGGACAGCGCUUAGCGGACUUGAGGGCCACACAUUGGCCACGCCGAGCCUGCGCGGCCGAUGGAUUUACUUGCGCCACGGGGACGCGGUGCAGCGCGUCCCGCGAGGACAAACAAAGGCGGCGCGCCGCCCUCAAGGUUCAGGGCAGCGCUGGCGCAGUGCUGCGCCAGUUUGCGCAGCAGCGGGCUGCGCGGCGCCUGCUCUGUUCAGGCUUGCACUCCGUCGCGCUGCACUGCGCUGGCCGAUGCGUGCAAUGCUGCGCCGCUCUUGUGCACAACGGUAAACUCGCCAGCGUCGUCGGCCUUGGCUUACGCUAGACUAGCACUGCUGCUGCUGGUGGGGUUCUCAAGCGGGCGCCCGAAGGGCGCCCCGCAAUUGGAGACGCCCAGCGUGACGCUGGGCGCAGAAUUCGGAAGACCUGGCACAUUUGGGUCGCCCGGCGACCCAGUGUGCCCAGCGUGCCCUGCCCAGCCAUAUUGGGAACCCUUAGAAACUGUUCUAAUAUAGAUAUCGCGUCUUCUCGUUCCUGUAUCUUCUUCAUUUCGGAGAUCCUUGAUCCCUUCGUCAAUAUCAAUCUUGAUUUCAAUCAUGAAAAUUCAAAUUGUUUAUCGUCUUUGAUGUCAUCCUGUGGAGUAGAUGUUGUUCUAGAAAUUUUUCCAAGAUCGAAUGUACAUGAAGUUGUCGAUAAAAUUUAGCAUUUAGAUUUAAGACAGCACUACUAGCGACUGAGCCUGCCCCAGUCAGAUAAAUCAGAUAGUCCAAAAGUCCAAGACAGUGUCACUGUCAACCGCCGCUCUUUAUUAGCGGGGCCACCUCCAUUUCAUUUGCAUUUCAUGUGAGAUUUUUUUUGCAUUUUCUACAAUUUUUCAAGAUUUUUUAUGAAUAUUACAACAUACUAUUAUUUCUACGGACUGCUUGAUGAGCAUCGAGCAGCAGAAGCAAAAUGGGACGUAACGACUCAACGACGAGCGGCACGCCGAUAAUCAUGGCCGCAUAUUACCCGGGCCCGUGCUUGCAGACAUAUCAACGCGUCAUCUUUUUUUUCUGUUGGUGUUGGCUCUUCUACGCCGUUGUAUUAGGAGGCUUGACACACCUGAACGCGGAGUUUUGGCUGACGUCCACAGAAGUACCAAGCUGGCUUCGCUCGCAAGAGGUAAGGUUAACUUUUUCUAGUUUUGAAAGAGUCAGAGACAACAACCUUCUAUAAUAUAACAGAGUAGUUUAUAGCACGCAUGGAGUAGCAUGGAGCGCAGUCCCUCCAUAAGGGACGCAAGAGGCGCCCCCUUUAGCUCCAUGCAACUCCACGCGAUCCAUGCACUCCAUGCCAUGCGAGCCCUGGAACCUUAUAGAUUAUUUUGAUAUAAUAAAUCUCUAUUGUUACGCCACAGAUAACAUGAAUCCAGAUUGCGUCACUCAUUCUUUAGCAAUGCAUAUGGAUGUGGCUAGAUGCUAGAUGUAGAUGUAGUACUAGUAGACGUACGUAGAUGAAUUACUUCGUCAUCGUGAUCGUCACUCAGGUGGGUUAAAGGUUAAGUACUUAAAUAGUUAUUAUGAGCGUAUGCCGUAUGGGCCCUUAUCCUUAACUACUUUGCUGCUCCGAUACGUUCCGGCGUAAGAAAAAACUGGGGCGCACUGUAGACGUUUCCGGUUCGAGAUAUUUAUAGUGAGUCACAUAGUUGGUUUUGGCUAUCAUUCUACUGGCGAGGCUAUCCCUUGUCCUUAAUUGAUCGCAAAAGUCUAGUCCUCUCGUCAUUAUUCUUCACCACGUGACUGCCGUGCAUCGCGCAGUUCGCCGAGCGCGUCGACUCCGUGGCUAACCUUCUUAGCGAUUAGUCCUGGGAGCGGUCCGCUCACGCCGGUGGGAUGUUGAUGGUCCCCUCUUCUCUCGCACUUGUUCCAAAUGCCGCCACUCGCUCUUGCUUCGAGCUUUUUCGUUCUUUUGUGGCGAUGGACUUUUCACUCUCUUGCUUAGGCCUGCCGGCCUUCACUUCACCUGAUGACAAUCUUCAGGGCUCUCAAUUAUGCGACAUUAAGGCGUGCCGCGUCCUUGUUUCAGUGCUUCUUGAGGCGGGUUUUGGUACAAACCAAGAGCACCGGUUUGGCGUGGGUAGUUUGGGGCGGGUUCUUGUACAAACUAAACUACGCUCUGGCCAACUGAGGACUUAAGGCCUUUAAGCUGUGGAUCAGGUGGGUUAGGAGGUUAAGCACUUCUUAGAUAAUUGGCCUAGUAUCUCGCAUGAGCGUAUGGGCCCUUAACUACUUUGCGUUCCGCUUCCGGUGUAAAAACAAACUGGGGAACACUGUAGACGCGGCUUCCGGUUCGAGAAAUAGUGAGUUAUAUAGUUGGUUUUGGCUAUCAUCCUACUGGCAAGGCUUUCCCUGGUCCUUAAACUUAAUUGAUCGCAAGAGUCUAGUCCUUUCAUCAUUAUAUCGUCAUUCUUCGUUUAGGGCAAAACCAUAAGCAUGUUGUAGAAAUGACCAAACCUCCUGUUCAAAAUUAGACUUCUUCGGGAGAUGAAGGCAAGUCGUCUGACUGGAACACGUAUGUGGGAUCGAUCAUCGCUUUCCUGGUAUUAGCACUCCUCGGCCGCUGUGGCGCGUACUCGUAUCAGAGGUCAUGCCUCGGCUGUUUUUGCAUUUGCAAUCUUAUGUUGCUCGUCUUCAUGACUGCCUGCGUCGUCGCAAGCUUCCUCUUGUGGCACGAUAUUUUUCCAGCAACCAGUUUGUGGAUCGAUCGAUGCUCGCCGAGUACAAUUUGCUGCCAGCUUUCGACCGGCGAAGACAUCUGCAAUGACGACGGAAUGCCAAGUGGCUGGCGACACGUACAACUACUUCAAGUUUCCUGUGAUCAUUUCCCAUUCCCACAACGAGAACACUUAUGAGCUUUUUGACGACAACCGCCUCCUGAAUGCAUCGAUAAAGACUGCUGCUCUUUACCACCAUGACAACCGUUGAGUCUGUUCCUUUUAUACGAUAAUUUACCUUCCUGUCGUACUUUUUCAUCAUGUUGUCCAUGGUACUUUAUCAUCCAAUACGAGGCCAAACCCCUACUUCAUUACUUCAUUACCGAGUCCAUUCCCGUGGUCUUGAUAGCGAUGCUCCUUCUCGUUAAUUGAUAUCUACAUCAACUUCAUGAUCAUGAUGAUCUUCAACAUCAUCUGCACUAAUACUAUGCAGCUAAAUGACGCAAAUACUGCGAAGUUUAUGGACUGCUUGCUUUCCGCUCACCCUGCUUACGAGAAGAAGUACCCAGAAACCAAAUCGCUUGCUGGCCGCAACGACUGCAUGCCAGAAGCAGGAGUGUUUGCGAGGUGCGCGGACACGUCACCCAAGCCUCCAGGAAUGAGCGAUGUUGACUAUGCAAAAUGGAACCAGCUUGACAGCUCGCCAGUGGUCUCUGCGAUCGGCCAGCGCAAGAUUACGACUUGAUGCAUUUCUUUGAUCUUUUCAUUUGAGCACGAUAUGUGAAAGUGAAUGUCUGUAAUGAAAAUUACUGUUAUGUGUGAUCUUCUAGACCUGGGUGGAGCUCUUUGUUUUUUUUCAUAGAUACACCGCAAUCCAUGGCCAGGAUGAGUUUUUUGAUCUUCUCAUAGAUUUAUGAAAAUUUUUUGACGUGGAUAGAACUUUCUGCCGACUCCAAGAAACACUCGUGCGACCUUUGUGAACAGUGGAGGUGGCAGGCAGGACCAGAGGAAACGAGGAAGAAAACCAAACUAACUUUGGGUGGAGCAGCCAGUGCAAUAUCGGCGGGUCUGGUGGAAGACGAGAUGCUUGCUAAAAAGAAGAGGGAAGCACGAGCAGCGGCUUCCCCGGACGAUGAGGCAACCUCUGUGGCAAUUAUGUUGGCGGAGGGAAAAUUCAUGCCAGGGGCGGCGGGGAGCGAAGCAGCUGCAAAAGGUAGAUCAACGCAUUUUAACUUUUGUCAUUUUGCAGUUUACCUGUACCUGAUAUACAUGUUAGGGAACUUCUUUUCGACAUCAGGUCCACACAUAUGAUUGCUUGAUCCCCAGUGCAUCUUCUACGUUUUGGUUUAGUGGCUAGAUACAACAAGAAGAUGAACGGAUUGACACAACACCAGGUUCAUCUUCGAUGAUGUCGCCGCCACUGUACCAGCAUCUUGCUAUGAUGCCGAACAGUCCGCUUAUGCAGAGACUCGCAGUGGCGCCCGUGCCAGAAGUGGGGCAGAAGCAUUUCGUCAAGCUUGUCACGGCCGGCGGAUACUUGCAAGCGCUCGAUGCCCUACCAGCUGGCACCUCAGUGCAGGAUGAGGAAAUCCAGUCGACAGAUUUCGCGGAAGCCUUAGAGGACUUCCUCACAAACGGGGCCCAGAUCACCGGUGGCUUUCUCACGAGAUGGGCAUCAGGCUUCAUGAGAUAUUCUCACGACGUGGCAGACAGCAGUGCGAAAGUCGAAAACGUACAAGAACUAAAACUAUACAAUGAAGUUAUUAUUUUACUGCCAAGAGGACCAACAGUAACACCUUACGCCGACACAUUUAGAUACUGGUACAAUUGGCAGGAAACAUUUCCCCUUGUUCUCUGUGUCUGUUCGACUAUUGAUAUUCCGAGGGAAGAAUCAAUUAUUUUGAUUCACUAAUAAUAAUAUUGAUAUACAACAGAUCUUGGGCAGUCCCGCUACUGCAAAAAGUGCAGCCAAGCUGUUUGAAACCGAUGCUGCCAAAGUCGCCGUUGUUACGACCCGCAUCGCCGCCACCGCCAACAACGCGACCGAAGGCAUCACCUCCGCUUCCCCGAAUUACUUGGGCGGCAUUGCUCUCUCCGGCGACUCGCCGGGAGCAACACAAAAGUCGGCCAUGAUCUUGGCAGAAGGAUCAGGAGGAGCUUCAGGCGAUUCCGCGGUCGUGGAUAGCAUCUCGGUGCCAGGAGUGAAUGGUGAAUUCGAGUCGUUUGCGCAGAACUGGUGGAACAGCUUGCUGGAUACGAAGUUUCAACAGUGCGUGCUGCGCCCAGCAGAAAUUUCGGGUACCAAGACCUUCGCGGUCGAAUACCUUCCGCUGUUGGAGACAAUGGCCUUCUGGUCGCUCCUGGUGCACGCCAUCGGGUUUAUCAUCGCUUUCUUUAGCUUCUUCUGCAGUUGCUGCUUGUGCUGCUCCAUUCCGACCCUGAAAAUCCUGUCGGACUCGGACUACCAUGCGCUGCGCGGAUCACCCUAAAUGGGACUUACAAUCACUUCUACAUGAUUGAGUAGUACUAACACGGGGCAGUCGGAAAUAUACGAAACUAUAUUAGAGUAGUUUAUAGAACGGAUGUAGGAUGGACUUGGAUGGAUCGGAUGGACCCCCCUGAUUCUUCCGAUCCUACUUGAAAUGGUGGGAAGUCCAUCCGUUCCAUCCGAUCCAUCCGAUCCAUCCCAUCCCGGAUCUGGCACCCCUAUAAACUGCUCUACUAUAUGGAUAUGAAUUUCAACGAAACAAUUUUUAGUUUUGCGUUGAAAAAACCGACUACAAAUAAACGAACAGUAGUUACUUAGAUGAACUACCGCACGACAAGGAGGCGAAAGCGCUAUCAUUCAAGAAGAGAAAUAAAAGUACCAAAAAAUAUAAGCUAUUCACAUAUUGAUACUAUUCACUACGCGUCGUGUUGAUCUUGAACUUGAUGAAUGAUGAUAAUGUUUUGUUUUAGGCAAACCCGGAUAGGAUUAGGAUCUACUGACUAGUAUAAGGGGGUGGUGCACUAGAUGAUUUUCCCGGAUUAGACUUCUUCAGAGGUCGUUCACCUUCUUCACUAUUUCUUCAUCCCCUACGGGUACGGGGUGCGCGGUAAGUUCAUUGUCGACGAGUGCAUGUAGGGGUAGACACAGGGAUGGAAGUGAAAAACAAUCAGAACAAAGAUGAAUAGCAGAUGACGUAUGAAAGUAUGUUGUAUGAGUCGUGAGUUCUGCAAGAAUUAUACAGUCAGAAAGUAAAGCGCUGAUGGGAGCAUAAUCAUUCUUUUUCUACUAGAAGUUUCACCAAUAAUAUUUAUUCUCAGACUAGCAAGGCUAACGUCAUUAUCAGCCAUGGUAGACUAUCGGCAGAGGUUCACCUUAGUCGAUAGAAAGGUUAACUAAACUACCAUUGAGGAGGGGAGGUUGACCCAAUCCAGUAUGCAGUUGCAAACGCAAACAGUUCCGUAGUAUGGGAAAUGUUUGAGUAGGACCAACGCCAAGUUUUACGUUUAAUAUUUUAGCGAAUCCAUAGAAAUUAGCAAGAAAUUAUAGACUCCCUUGACCUUGUGACCCUCACCUUUUUUACCUACUUGUUGAAAUUAAACAGAGCAAUUUCUCGAUCUCGUUGAUGUUUUUGAACCUGAUAUUGCUGCAGAGUUGUCAUACAUGUUUUUUCUUCUUUAUUUGAUAGAAGCGGGGCAGCCGUAUCUCUCCAUGACUUGGACGAAUCAUCAUGAUGAUGGAAAAAGCAGGGCCGCGAGGCAUGUCACAUGAGGAAUUCUAUCGCCCUGUUGCAGCAGUAGCAUUACCAAACAGGCGGGUUGGUUCACAUCUAGCUGCCGUUGCCACAACAACAUCUACCAAUCCUCAGCAUCCGUGGUGAACAUCAUAAACAUAAUAAUGUACCAUAUUAUGUUUGGACGCGUUCUAGCUUUAGUGAAAAUUGUUGUAAAUCUUAAUUUAAUUCGGAGGUAUGAUUUGUAACUGUAUUUUUCAGAAUAAACCAUGAAUAUAAGAAUCAUCACGGAUGCCGAUGCGAUUGCGAUCCUUAUCCAUGAUCGGGGCCCCACGCCGCACCUUUUCAGACGUCGUGUGUAGCUGAAUUAACCGAGUUUUGACAGGACUAUCAACCGACUUGAGAAAUUCCAAUCGUCAUGCCAGAUGGAAAAGUAGAAUCCUCAAACAACUGCUUGUGCUUCGUCACUCAAACAUUGCGAACUGCAGCGUCAAGCAUCGAAAACCAACUGAAACGAUAAACAACAUGCGAGACAUCAUCCCACAGCAAAUGAUUAGAAUGAAUGUUUUACUAUAGUAUACCUUCAUCCAUCCAAAGAUUUGAUUUUUUGUGAUGACGAGCAUAACUGGAACUACGAAGAUCUACAUCGUUCGUCCAUGACCAAAGAAUCUGUAAGUACUUUGUAGGUGUCAUGCAAAGAGUGAGCAUGAAUUAGAAUAACAUGAAAUUGAGAACGAUAAGUUGGAGUAACAACUAUUUGUUUCAACAUCAAAUAACAACAGCUGAAGUUGUUUCUGUCAUACUUCCUACUACUAGGUCAAGAUCACCGAGUCAAGAGAGAAGUUCCAAUGCAGAUUUAGUAAUUGCUAUCGCAACGAUCAGGUUAAUAAAAACAGCAGAUGUUUGUCUUUUCAGAUCUUUGGUUACAAACCGAAUCCGGGCCACACUAAACGAACAAGACGACCGAAUGAAAAGAACGACAGUUGGGAUUAAAGGAC